AUGAAGUUCCUCCUCCUUUUCCCUCUCGUGCACGCCGGCGUGCUGGCCCUGCACGACGGCCCCUGCAUCUGCAUGUCAAGUCCUGUCGUCGCCCUCGAGGCCGGUCGGUCGGUGGUGUCUGCCGAUGUGGAGGACGCGCUGGAUCGACGGUGCGGGGCCACCCUCCAGUUCGACAAUCCGGACUUCCUCCCCGUCAGCUAUGCCUUCGAGGCCAUUCCCUGCUCAGGUCGCAGGGUCGCCAGCUUUGUGGUGCCGACAGGGGCGCCCAGCGGCGAUGCACACAUUACAUGGUAG